GUUAUCUUAUUUCUUCUAUCUCCGCCACGCAAAAGGUGAUAUUGUUUUUUAAAAAUGUUCGAAUUCCAGGGAAGCUAGGAAACACUAGGAUGCAACAACUGUUUCCUAUGGCUAAUGAACGGAAAAGGGUUGUAUACGGGACGUUCUCGCGAAAGUUGUGGUCAACAUACCAGAAAUACAUGAAGGGAGAUUGUAUUCCCUUCAAUAGUAUCCGCGAUGCAUUCAAUGAACUCAACAUUUAUCCAUCACUUACUCAGGUACAUGAGAUGGUCUGGAGUACGAAAGAAUGUCCAGCACACAACUCUGGAGAAGGUCUUGGCUUUGGAGAAUUCUGUGUAUUUGUCAAUGAGUUAGAGGAAUAUUAUAAAAAAGGGCAGGAUGGUUUAAAAGCUGUGAAAGAAAUUCAAAAGUGUCAAAAAGCUGAGAAAACAAAAUACAAAGAUCAAGUAUUCCUUGGUGGUUCCUGUAAUCCAACAACUUGGCGUUCUGAUUGUGCUGUCCCAUAUUUAGAAAAACAAGGUAUCAGCUAUUUCAACCCGCAAGUGGAAAAAUGGGACUUCCAUCAAAUAGGAAAAGAACAUGAGGCCAAAAUGGCUUCGGAAGUGUUGUUGUUUGUCAUUGAUAACCGAACCCGUGCAAGUUCAUCUUUGAUUGAAAUAGCUUAUUCAGUUGGAAGCCAAAGACAGGUAUUGCUUGUAAUCCAUGAUAAUGAGAGCAAGAUCCCAAAAAGUGAACUUGAAGAACUAAAAACAAGUUAUGACCUCAUCACAGAUAUAUCCGAACGCAGUGGUUAUCCAGUCUUCAGAGAUCUCAAUACAUCCUUAAAAUGUUUAAAUCGAAUGCUAAAACAGCAUAUUAAAGUACAACAAUUAUCCUCAAACGAUGGUGCAAGGCCAGUAAAACAUGGACAUCUACGGCUAGGGCAUUCUCUACAAUAUUUGUGGGAAGUGUUUGUUCAAUACAGUGAAGGAGCUGACAAACUUAGUUAUAAACAGGCGUGCGAUGCUUUCCACUACACAACAGGACAACUUUUAGACACCGGUUGGAUGCAACCUCUUGUCAAUGGAUCUGAAGCAAUGUCGUUUUCUACAUUUUGUUGUCUUGUUAUGGAAGCAAAAAGUCAAUUGGCACUAUGUUACCCUUCACUUCGACAGCUGUUGACCAACACAUUGUUUAUUUUGCUCUCUAUUACCAAAACUGUGCCUAACUGGUUAGGAUGGAUGUUUGGAAGAAAUUCAGCUUUAAAGUCAAAACAGGUAGAGAAAAAGUACGAUUUUUACCUCGGUGGUAGUUACAAAAGUCAAAACUGGAGAGAAGACAUUGUUUUACCAAUUCUCAGGGAACAUAACUGCUCCUCUACAUUUUCUCAGAAUGGAGUAUGGAGUUGGGAAACCAGUUCGUUAAACAAUGCUCUGCAUGACGAGUGUCAACUAUUGCUCUAUGUUAUUACCUCAGAUGUCUGUGCUCUAACUUACAUGAUUCAGGCUGCUUAUUACAUUGGUCAGGGAUAUCGUGUUGUAUUGUGUCUUCAGAUGAUUCCAGAAGAAACAAGCACCCUUUUCCAAGGAGAGAAGAUUGAUGAGCAAGCAUUACAAGACUACAAUCGGGGCCGGUCCUACCUCCGUGAUAUUGCCGAGCGGGAGAACGUUGCUGUGUUUAGUGACAUUAAGGAAGCGGUGUUGCACGCUGUUCAAAUCAUCAAACCGUCUCCGCCAACUCUCGUCAUGACUGAGAAGGUUACCAUCUAAGGGAGACAACUCCCAAACACUUGCUCAUUUCGUUCACCUACAUACCCUACCACACUCUUCCCUGCUCACUCACUCGUUCGCAUAACACACUCGUUCACACUUUCAUUCAAUCCCCAUUCCAUUGAAAGAAAAAGAAAUUUUUAAAAACUUAUACAUACCUAAAAAUAAAAGAAACAAAAAUUACAAAUGAAAGUAAAUAGAAAUUUUGACUGGCGUUCUGCUGUUAGUUGAUGUAUUCAAUAAGAACGUGCUGUGUUUUUUCCUGUCUGCCUCUUAUUUUAAUCAUUGGUGCAAUGUGUAUAUACACAUAUAUACUCCAUGUCAUUUGUGCUAAUGUUAUUUAUUUUUUUCCAUCUCAUUGGACAUUUUAGAAGUGAAUUAUGAAUGAUUUUAAUGGUGAUUUUCCCCCUUUUUUUUUUCUUUAAAUUAUAUUUCCUUGAUUGAAAAAUUUUUUUUUUUACAUGAACUUAAAGAAACAUAUUUUGAUGGAAAACAUUAA